GGUGCCGGUGGCGGUGCAGCCGCCCCGCCGUGCCCGCCAUGCCCCGGUACUGCGCCGCCACCCGCUGCAAGAACCGCGGCGGGCAGAGCGCCAGGGACCAGCGCAAGCUCAGCUUCUACCCAUUUCCACUUCAUGAUAAAGAGAGACUUGAGAAAUGGUUGCGGAAUAUGAAACGAGAUUCGUGGACUCCAAGUAAGCACCAGCUUCUGUGCAGUGACCAUUUUACCCCUGACUCCCUUGACGUGCGAUGGGGUAUACGAUACUUGAAACACACUGCUGUACCGACAAUCUUCUCUUCCCCAGAUGAUGAGGAAAAAGAUGGUUCUCAGAAGAGUCCACGAGAAAUACAGAGACAAGACCUGGAAGAAACAAAUGUAGUGUCAGAGAAAGCAUCUGUACCACUUGAACCUUGUGCACCAAAGGAAAAUCCUGUAAUUGCAGAAAAUAUAGAGGAAGAAGCAGAAGUAGUUUGCUCAGCUGCAUUCAGUAAACCUUUACAUAUUCAAAACCUGCAACUUCAAAAUGAAGACAACUUUCAGGCAGAGAGUGUCGUUCUUGAUAGUUCAUCUACACAGCAUAUACACCAACCUAAUCCUGUUUUAAUGGCAGCAGCAGUCCACAGAAUGGAAGCUACCAGUGUUCGUACUUCUGUGGAGGAUCCAGGAGGCUGUACAGCUACAGUCUUGCAAUUUACAGAUCCUGACUACAUGAAUUCAUCUCUGAAACUGAACAAUGCUGUGGGGCCAAUUCCUGAUUAUGCAAUUGAAAAUCCUGUCCCUCACGUUGUCUGCUCUGGUGAAGUACAGCCAACAAGUGAAGAUGCGGUUUUACUGAGUACAGUCACACAAAACAUUGAACAGUUCAGUGGAAGUGAAGAAUCUGUCAUUGCUAUUAUUGUGCCAGCUGAGAGUCCAGAACAGCCUGAAAUAGUAAAUAGUACUUUCCUGGCUGUUAAGGAAGAGUUUCUUGACACUAAGGAGAAAGAUAUGAUUGAAUAUGGUGGAAGUGAAAUAUUACAAACUGAGCAUUCAUACUGCAAACAAGACAUAGACAGAGAUCACCUUUGGCAAAAAAUUUCAAAACUCCACUCUAAGAUAACUUUGCUUGAAAUGCAGGAAGUAAAAACUUUGGGGAGACUCAGGUCCUUGGAAGCUCUUAUUGGACAAUUGAAGCAAGAAAACCAGCUUUCUGAAGAAAAACUGAAGACAGCAGAAAACUGCUUUACAACCCUUGAAGUAACUAUAAUACAGUAAAGGCUUUCACUGAUGGUUCUAAAAUA